AUGAAUUCCGAUGAUGAAGUUUAUGACGAUGAUGAGUAUGAGGAGUCUGAAGCAACGAUGUUAUUCAAGGAUGAAAUUCAGAAACAAUUCAAGAAGGAGUUUCCAUUAAAAGCAGAAACCGAGAAAAAACUUAGACAGUCAACAUUCAGAAAGCAUGCCCCAGUGGAAGCUCGGAAACUGAAUUUUGAUAUGACUUUGUCGCCGAUCGUCUCCACUGCCCCGUUUGAAUUGGCCAGCGCGAAAAAAGAUAAAGAGUCUGCACAACGACGGCUGACUGCUCUCGAAGAAGAGCAUCGUCGAUUAAAAGAAAGCGAGAAAGCAAAGGAUAUGAAGCUGGCCGAAAAAAUGAUUGACUUGGAGACGAUGCGAGAAAGUGUAAUAGAAUUGAAAGAGCAGAUUGAAAUACUCAAGCGAGAGAACGUUGAGACAGUAACAGAGUUCAAUCAAGUCAUAGAAAUGUGGACUAGCUUCGGAAAGAAAUACUACACAUGGUACACUAUCGCGAAUGCUCAAUUGGAGGCUGUACAGUCUUACGUCAGCAAUGAUGGGAAGUUCGACAGCCAACAAGAGGUUGCUCAACUCAAUGAGAUCCCGCAAAGAAUGCUCAGAUCUCUUGAAAACUUCGAAUAUGAUUACGAAACCGUUGAAAAAUUGGCUUCAGGAAGUUUACAACAGUACUCAGGUUCUGUAUUUGAAGUACGUCGAGUUGCCUCACCAGUUGCGACGAUUGAAGCAGCUAGACGCGCUGAUGUUUCUUCCGCCAACUUCACUCUUCCAGCAUCCAAUCUGACAGUUCUGGAUGAUCCUAACAACACUUUGCUUGACCAAACCAUGAUGACCGAUCGAUGUGCUGCAAAUCGAUCACUUAUAGAUUAUGAGAAAGACGAUAAGAUUCAACGGCUUUUGCUGGAGAAUAGUGUUCUUAAGGAUCGUUUAAAUGUAUCAAUUGGGCGUGCAGAUAAAUCUCUUCUAGUUGAAGAGAGGAAUCGGGAGCUCGAAUUCGAAAACAAAACUCUCCAAUCGCAGCUGGAUAACACUUUCGGAGAAAUCCAGGCGAUGCGAAUGGGUCAGGCGAGAGAUAUUUUCAAGAUCGAUGAGAAGAUUUCCACGGAAGAAGACAAUUCUGCUAAACAACUGAAGCUUAUCAACCGAUUAAAUGAUCUCAUUGUGAAGAAUAAUCAGCUUGAGAAAGACUUCGCUGCAGCCACGUCUCGAAUGACCAAAAUCAUGAGAGAAAGUACUGAUUGCGAGCGUCGAAACGAGCGUCUCGAAGACGCAUUCUCAAGUGAGAGGGUCAAGAGCCAACAGUUAGAGGCAGACAGAGAUCAAUUUGCUGCACAGUUAGAAUUAAAAACGGCAGAAGUCGAGGAGCUAAAAAGACAGUUAGAAGAAAAUCAAAAUCUCCUUUACGAAGCGCUAAACAAGACCAUUACAACUCAAUCAGAUGUGCCUUCUUCAUCAAUUGCUCCAACGGAUGCAGGAAACAAUACUCAGAUCUUCCACAUGGCUACGAACCCGUUACAAGAGGCUCAUGCAGAGUUCCAAGCAUCGGAAAGUAGAAAACGAAAGAUGACUGAUGCCCCAGAUGGAGAGCAGUACAGAGAGCAGCAGUUCGCAGAAUUGGAGGAGCGUCUCGAUAUAGCCAUACGCGAGAAGAAGGUUCUGGAGGACAGUUACAACCUUCAUAAAGAUCUUGCUUCCAAGUUCCGCCAACUUUGUAUUGCACUAACUGGUCUUCAAAUCAAAUUGAAAGAUGCCGACGAAGGAAUAUGUACUGUACAAAGCGAAUAUGAAGGAGGAUCCGAGAACUAUUUUGUUUUCAAGUACUUCUUUGGAACUUCUCGAAUCGAUAUGCUAGAUGUGAAGAGCGAUUCAUCAGAACAGAUGCUCAGGAAAUGGGAACCCCUCAUGAAGAAAUACAUUGGAGAGCGGAACUCAAUUCCAGCGUUUUUGGCAGCAAUGACACUUGAUCUGGAGCAAGAACGCGAAUUCGAUGAGACGAUGCAUGAACGGACUCAUACGUUCAGCGUUCUACAUGAAGAUUGA